GCAAAGAAUAAUAAAAAACAUAAUAUAUGCCAAGUAACAAAACCAUAUUUAAAGUUAAGUGCAAUAUUAAAAAUUGCAAAACUUCUAAAAUAAGAAGUGACAAGAUACAUGAACAUUAUAAACAUAAACAUCCUCAUGUCAAGCCAGCUGAUAUGAAAUUUACAAAGGUAGCCAUCAAAAGAGAUAAUAAUAAUUGGGUAUCUUUAAAUUGUGAUAUUCCAUAUAAUAUCACAAAUGGAGUUGAAACCCAGUUGCAAAAAAAGACAAUAACAUCUUACUUCCAAAAAAAAAUCUCAGUUAUUGAAGAUUCACAAAUUGUAUUAUCUCCUCAUCCAAUCCCCAGUUCCAGUGAGGUGUUUACUUUGUAUGAUGAGCAAAUCUCCAAUAUUGAAGAUUCACAAAUUGUAUUAUCUUCUCAUCCAAUCCCCAGUUCCAGUGAGGCGCUUACUUUGCAUGAUGAGCAAAUCUCCAAUAUUGAAGAUUCACAAAUUGUUUAUCUCCUCAUCCAAUCCCCGGUUCUAGUGAGGCACUUACUUUGCAUGAGGCAUUAUAUUUAAAUAAAAUUUAUAUAAUGACUUUUGAAGGGAAUAAAUUAUGAGGAUAUUCAAAGUCCAAGUCUUAUUCAGCUAUACAAAAAAAAGGAACCAAAUGACCCUUUUCACUUUAUAUU